AAUGUGCACCUCAGUUGAGGUCAGCCCUCUUAUUAUGGAGAACAUUUGGUAUCAUUGUGUGUUUUUGAGACAUCAAUGAAGAUCUUCUCUGUACUGAUUGGUAAAACUAUCAAAAGCAAGCCAUCAGUUAUUCAAUUUGAUCUUUGAACUUUAUAACAACACAUCAUAAAUCUGAUAAGAGAAAUCAACAGUGGAUAUAAACAGAUAUUAAAAUCAUACCGGAGCAAGUAAUGGGUCAAUGGACGAAUCGAAUGUGUAGAUUCUCUCCAAUCAGUUAUCGGAUUUUAAUGUAAAUUUAAGUGGACUUUUUUUUUUACACCUUCAUCGUUUCAUUAAUGCUUUAUUUUCUAUAUUUUACCAUGCAUCUACUCGUUCUAGCUCUCCAGUAUUUUUGCUUAUCUCCUACUUUCUCUCAGUAGUCAAAUCCAGAGUAGUUUAAACGACAGUGAUCUGUGGUUGAUGCCUUUGGUCUGUGUAAACAGAGAUCAGGUCAAAGUUCAGCUUCCUGAGCAAAGUUUCCUGCAUUUGAGUUGCACGGGAGAAGGGCUUUCCUUAACAUCUGAACAGAAUGAGGAUGCUGCACAGAGCCUCGUCACUCAUCCUGAGAAGAGGAAUUGCAACGUUUCAUAGCAGAUUGUGCAAAAGUGGCAGCCUCUUCAGAGUUCAUCCAUCUGUAUCGAAGGCGCUAGCAGAACACAAACCGGUGGUUGCACUCGAGAGCACCAUCAUCACACAUGGCAUGCCCUAUCCACACAACCUGAGCACGGCCAAGCAGGUGGAGGCCAUUGUGAGGGCUGAAGGAGCCACUCCAGCCACGGUCGCCGUGAUCGAGGGUGAAGUGCAUGUCGGUCUGUCGCCAGAGGAGCUCGAACACCUCGCCCUCUGCAAGAGCGCCCUGAAAGUGUCCCGGCGUGAUCUGCCCUACGCCGUGAGCCAAGGUCUCUCUGGGGGAACGACGGUGUCGGCCACGAUGAUCGCAGCACAUCGAGCCGGCAUCCCUGUGUUCGUCACAGGAGGCAUCGGAGGAGUUCACAGAGACGGAGAGAACAGUCUGGACAUCAGUGCUGAUUUGACGGAGCUCGGCAGGACUCCCAUCGCAGUCAUCUCUGCUGGGGUCAAGUCUAUUCUGGACAUCGGUCGUACCCUGGAGUUCCUUGAGACGCAGGGUGUCUGUGUGGCCACUUAUGGAGCGACGAAGAAUUUCCCAGCCUUCUUCUCGCCACAGAGCGGAUUCAUGUCUCCAUGCCAGGUGUGCAGCCCUGCGGAGGCUGCAAAGCUCAUUGCGAGCGCUCUGUCUCUGGGUCUCCAAAGUGGCGUCCUGUUAGUGGUGCCCAUCCCAGAGGAGCAUGCAGCAGCCGGCCAGCUGAUAGAGGAAGCCAUACAGGCUGCAGUAGCAGAGGCAAGGGCUAAAGGGAUAACAGGAAGAGAUGUGACGCCAUUCAUUCUUAAAAUGGUCAAUGAGCUGACUGAGGGAAAGUCUCUUCAGGCCAAUAUUGCUCUCAUUCAUAACAAUGCUAAAGUUGGCAGUCAAAUAGCCUGCGCGCUGUCAAAACAAAUGACUGAGAGAAAGUCCAAUGGCAACGCUCAUCAUCAUGGAAAACACUCAUCGGACUCGGAUAUUGUUGUCAUAGGGGGAAUAAACGUUGAUUUUAUUGCAAAAGGCAAGACGGAAACACUUCAUUUUGGACAGACCAACCCAGGAAGUGUGUGUCAGUCAUUUGGUGGUGUAGGACGGAACAUCGCUGACUCUCUGAGUCGUUUAGGUCGGAGUCCCCUGCUCAUCUCAGCCACUGGAGCUGAUUCACACAGCAAAGCAGUGUUACACUAUUGUAAACAUAUGAACAUGAGCGGUGUGCUCAGACUAGAAGAGCAAAACACAGCGACUUACUGCGCUGUUAUCACGGAGAGUGGAGAACUGAGUCUUGGAUUGGGAGACAUGGACGUUCAUCAGCAGAUCACAGAGCAGUAUGUGUCACAGUUUGAGAAGCAGCUUUCAUCGGCCACUCUUGUGUGUCUCGAUGGAAACAUUCCCGUUUCCACCAUCGAUUAUGUUUGCUCCAUUGCCAGAAAACACAACAUCAAUGUUUGGUAUGAGCCAACGGAUUCAGAAAAGGCUUCUAAGCCUUUCCUGUCAGACGCCUGGAAGUCUCUGUGCUAUUCAUCUCCAAACCUGGCAGAGUUGCGCACCAUGAACAAAACACUGGGUCUCCCAACACCUGAAGUGCUACCGAGCUCUCUCGAGGAGGUGCUGAGUGUUGCUGUGGCUCUCUCCCGCCCCCUGCUGGAGCACGUGCAUUGUCUGGUGGUGACUCUGGGGGCCAGUGGAGUGCUGGUGUGUGGAGAGCAUGACGCAGGCUCUGUCAACCUGCAGCCAAGAAAACUGAAGAGGAGGAGGCGGCUGUGUGCUGUCCACUACCCAGCACUGACUGUGACGGCAGAAGAGACAAAGAAUGUGUCUGGAGCAGGAGACAGUCUCGCAGGUGCUUUAAUGGCUGGGAUUCUCCAGCGGCGAGACACUGACAGCUGUGUUCGAAUGGGCCUCCUGGCCGCACGGUUGUCCCUGGGGUCAUCGCACCCCAUCGCCCCUACGCUCACCCCAGAUUCUGUGGAUCCCAACAAAAUCCAGACUCAGUGCUGGCCCAAACCCAGUUUCAUGUGGCUAAAUUAAAUUAAAUUAAAAAAUAUUUUCAAAUAUG